UUGAGAUAGAUUAACCCCUCUUUCAUUCCCGCAAGACCAUAUUCGCAAAGGUCACCACCCACUAGAGUCUCAUUCAAUCCAUCAUGCCUCUACAAACCUAUCAUCACGCCUCGUCCGUCAAAGGCCUGUCAAGCAUCACUACCUUGAUCGUCGGGGCGUCGGAGUCUAUCCUCAUAGACCCGCCCUUCCUGAUCCCUGAUGCUUUAUCCGUCGUACGCUGGAUCAAAGAAACCACCGUAAAUCCCCUUAAAGCCGUCUUUGUCACGCAUCAUCACCCGGACCAUUUCUUUUCUGCAAAUCCUAUUCUGGAUGCGUUCCCCUCGGCCAAAUUCUAUGCCGCCUCUUAUGUCCUAGAGGGUAUCAACCGCGAAUAUGACGACAAGGUCAAGUAUUGGCCUACUAUCUUUGGGUCGGAAAAUGUUCCCGAAGCGCCCAGGAAGCCGGAGGUAUUCAAUUUCGGUUUCUUCUUGCUGAAUGGCAACCCCGAAAGCCCUGUGGUGCUGCUGGGGCCCUUGCAAGGAGAUAGUGUUGACCACACCAUCUUCUGGCUGCCGAUUGAAAAGACGGUCGUCUGUGGCGAUACUAUCUAUGGUCGAAGCACACAUGUCUGGGUGGAAGAGGUGGAAACCCCUGCUUUGCUGGACGCAUGGAAGAAGACCAUCACGCUCAUUUCUGCUCUACAGCCCGUCAAGGUCAUUCCAGGACAUUUAGAGCCUGGUUGGGAGUUGGAUGCCAAAGCAGACAUUGCGCACACGCAGAAAUACUUGGAUCUCUUUGCAGAAAAGGUCACCUAUGCACCGACCAAACCACAGGUCCAGGAUCUCUAUGACAUUUUUAAGAAUGCCUUUCCUCAGUGCCAACAAAAUUUGGACUUUUUCCUGGGCCAUUUAUCCAAUCAGUUUGGAGAGGGAGGCAAGGUCUGGGAGGAGAACCGGCACCACAAUGUCGGCAAGAGGACGAUUGAGGGACUGACGGGAUAUUGGUUCAAGUGAGAGUCGCUGAUUAUCAUUGUUUGAUAUUCUGGUAUCUUUAUCGUUCACUUUAUGGUAGGUAGAUCCGGUUGGAGGUUUGAGAUGGUUAUAGACUGUCAAACCGGUGAAUAUCAAGUCCUGUCGAUUUUGAUUUACUGGGGGGAAAGCCACGCUGAACAGACGAAAUGAAAUGCUUGCUUCUUUUGAUCUGGGACUGCCGACUGAUCUGGGCUUCCCCUGCAGGGGGGAAACAGCAAAGUAAUCCCCGUCCAUUGAGACUAGGCGCUUUAUUUCCACAAGAGCUGCGAAAUGGGUCAAGAGACUAUGAAACAGAGGCA